AUGGGUCGACGAAAGGAAAAACACGGAGGGACCAAACAGGUGGAAUCGUUUGCUAAAUCACCAACUGUGAUGCGUUUCGCAAUUGCGAAUCUUGAAAAAUUCAACGAUAAAUUGUUUGUAUGUAGUGCGGAGAAGUUUAAUUGGACUGCCCAUUUCUAUCGAGGUAGAUUCCUCAAUGAGGAGUACGUCGUCUUUGACAUCUACUGUCAUUGUCAUAUUCCAAACUGGAGUUGUGAUGCGAAAGUAGAUGUCAGAAUCUGGGAUAAUACACUCUACAGUAUAGAACAUCAUUAUGAGCUAAGGAGAAAUUGCAUGUCAUGUCCGGCAUUUCUAAAAUGGGAUGAUUUUAUUGAUCCAACCAAAGGCUACAUUCGGGAUGGGCGCGUCGUCGUUGAAAUUCACAUUUUCGAAAUGCCGAAGAAGAUUCAGAAGAAUUCAGCGGUCAUAGUUAAAGAGUACCCGGGAAUCAGAAACUUCACGAUUUCCGUUGGUAAAUCAAGAUUUUAUGUGAACAGAGAGCUCCUCGCUCACACUUCCGAGUUUUUCCAUCGAGAAUAUGAUUAUGGGCGCCUCGACACAGCGGAGCCUUAUUUCCUCGAUGAUAUCAGUCCGAUUGAUUUCAAGCUCUACCUGGAUUUGACAUACCAUCCAAAACAGUACUUUUCCGCGUAUCACGCCAAAGACAUGCUUAUUAUUGCAAAGAGAUUUCUCAACGUGGAAGUUGUAACGACUUGUCAAAACGUGAUUCUGGAGGAUUUGAAAGAGAAUAAAUUAAGCACAAAGGAUAAAGCAAGACUUGCAGAAGCUUAUGAUCUGGAUACAGUUAGGGAACUCUUCAAUCCGGAAACUCUUCUACGACCAUCCAUUUGUCCCCGAUUCAUGCCUAUUGAACGAUACAAAGAAGAUGAACGACCAAGUCCAGUAUAUGACGAAGUGACUGCCGUUCUUGCCGAGUUGGAUCAUUACAGACAGAUAGUGAUCUCUAGAGGUGCGAACAGGCAAGAAAAAGAAGAAGAACAUCUUUGCGAGCAAUCUGGUGAGAUUGAUGAUGACGUCGUCAUAAUAGAAAACGUCGUGGAAAAAGAAAACGAAGGAGACGUCGGGGAAGAAGGAGCACGAGAGGAAGAAGAAGACUUCGACAUAUCAGUCCCAUCAACAUCUGGAUGCUACGGCUACUAA